GGGGAAGUGAAAGGGUAGUUAACUCUUGUGUAUAACAUUGCACUCAUUUUUCUUUUCCUGUAGGACUUGGGAAACAUAUUGGAAGGGGAAGAGCAAAGCUGGCUGUCCUUUUUUAUACCAUGAAUGCAUCACUGGAACAUGAGCAGUAAUGACAUUGAAGACCUGCAGGAACUGCUAAAGGAGCAGCAACAAGAGGUGUCUGAAAGAUUUCUUCAGGACAGAGAGAGCAUUUGGAACCUCCCAGCUGAGGAGACCUCUGAAAGCUCCUCCUACCAGUUUGUGAGACCUGAUCCCUCAACUGACUCCCAUAGUAUUACUUCCACAGCAAGAACUGGUGAAAGAACUGACAUAUUCCUUAGAAAAAUGGACCCAGACAUUCCUCAAGCCUUCCAGAAAGAACUCACCUGCUCCAUCUGCCUCACCUACCUUACAGACCCAGUCACCAUAGACUGUGGGCACAGCUUUUGCAGGCCCUGUCUCAAUCUUUCCUGGGAAGCAGCUCAAACUACUGCCAAAUGCCCCACGUGCAGGGAAACCUCACAGUGCAGAGACUUCAAAACCAAUAUUCUUGUGAAGAAUCUGGUGUUCCACAUCAGACAAGCAAAUCUCUGCCAAUUUCUGAGCUCUGAAGAGCAUAUGUGUGGGACACACAAGGAGGCUAGGAAGAUCUUCUGUGAAGAGAACAAAAACCUGCUGUGUUUGCUCUGCUCAAAGACUCAGGAGCACGAGACCCACAAACACUCUCCCAUAGAACGUGCUGCUGAGGAUUACCGGGAGAAGCUCCUAAAGCAGAUGAGAUCUCUGUGGGAAGAGAUCCAGGAAAAUCAGAGAAAUCUUAGUGAAGAACACAGGAUAAAUUAUGUGUGGAUUGAUUAUGUGUGUCUACGGAGAUUGGUUAUCAGAUCUGUGUAUAAGAAGUUUCACCCAGAUCUCCAAGAGGAAGAAAAACAACAUUUAGAGAAACUGACACAAGAAGGCAAAAAUAUUUUAUGGCAACUCAAGAUAAAUGAAGCCACAAUGGCUAAAAAAAGCAAAGAACUAAGAAAAAUGUAUGAAGAACUGAUGAUGAUGUGCCAUAAACCAGAUGCAGAGAUGCUCCAGGAUUUGGGAGAUAUACUGAUGAGGAGUGAGUCAGUGCAGCUGCACAUGCCCCAGCCUGUGAGCCCAGAGCUCAGUGCAGGGCCCAUCACUGGACUGAUGGACACACUCAGCCACUACCAAGUGAACAUCUCCUUUCAUGAUGAAACAACCAAUCACAAUAUCAAGCUGUUUGAUGAUGUGAGAAGUUGGAGAGCUGGACAUGACCAUCAAGGCGCAUCUUUUAGAUCUGAAAGAUCUAACUAUUUUGCUACGUGGGGGACUGAGGCCUUCAUCUCUGGGAGACAUUACUGGGAGCUGGAUGUGGACGACUCUCGGGACUGGGCUCUAGGAGUCUGCAGUGACUCCUGGAUAAGGAAGAAUCGCACACUGGUUGAAUCUGAGGACAUAUUUCUUCUUUUAUGUGUGAAGGAGCGUGAUCGUUACAGUCUCUUCACCAGCGCCCCAAUGAUUUGUCACUAUAUACAGAAACCUCACGGCCGGGUUGGUGUGUUUCUGGAUUGUGCGAUUGGAAGUGUGACUUUCCUGAAUGUUGCCCAAAGUACCAUCAUUUGGGCCUACCCCAGUUACUCCUUCAGUUUCCCUGUCAGACCUUUCCUGUACACCAGCCGUGCAUGAUGAGGGAGAAGUCAAGACCCUGAAUUGAUGCCAAAGAACUCCAUAUCUGAGGGAGCCCUUGUGCACUGAAGCAAAUCAGUACAAAUUUUAUUGCCCUUAAAGCUUAUUCUAUUUUAAUGUAA